GUAAGAAGUGUGGAUGUGAACCGAAAGCAACACCGUCUAACGGUGAGCGGUUUCGUGGAGGCGAAGAAGGUUCUAAAGAGAGUGAAGAGAACAGGAAAACGGGCCGAACUGUGGCCCUAUAUUCCUUACAACCUCGUACAACACCCUUAUGUAGCUCAAGCAUAUGAUAAGCGGGCCCCCUCUGGAUUUGUGCGUAAUGUUACGCAGGCAGUCUUGAUGCCAAAUUCAGAUGAGGAAAGAAUGACUUAUUUGUUCAGUGAUGAUAACACAAAUGCCUGUUCUAUUAUGUGCAACAAAACAAAAGAUGUUUCAAGUCCAUAUGCAGUCUUGAUGCCAAAUUCAGAUGAGGAAAGAAUGACUUAUUUGUUCAGUGAUGAUAACACAAAUGCCUGUUCUAUUAUGUGA